CACACACACACACACACACUCUCUCUCUCUCUCUCUCACACACUCUCACUCAUGUCAGUCGCCCAACUCCUUCCUGUUUUUCUGUAGUUCCGUCUUCUCUCGUUUCGUGUUUGCUUUGACUCGGCGGAGCAGGAAGUGCAGACGGUUGGUCUGAGAGCCAGGACGCAGAGAGGGAGAGGCACAGAGGACCCACUCGGACGUGUUUCUGGACGACUUUCAGGAUGAACUUCUUGUUGUGACAUUUGCCUUUGUCUGGAGGUUUUCAGAGGGUGUCGAGGGAAGAUACGCACUUCUGAAACUGAAACAGACUGUGAGUGUGUGAGUGUGUGAGUGGAAACCUCCAACCAGAGAAACCAGAUUCCUUCUGAUGGAUAUUGGAGGGAAACUGCCCUGAAGCCUCGGAGACUGUGGACGAAUAGACACACACACACAGACACACACAUACACACACAGAGACACACACACACACACACACACACAGACACACACACACAGAGACACACAGACACACACACACACAUCACACACGCACACACACACACACACACACACACACACACAGACACACACAUCACACACACACACACACAUCACACACACACACAUCACACACACACACACACACACACACACACACACACACAUGCCGGUGGACAGGAGAGGGGCCUGAAGGAUGGAAGCACUGAGAGCGUCUUUUUUACAUUUGACUUUCCAGAUGUCGACGUAUAAAAGAGCCACGCUGGACGAGGAGGAGAUGGUCGACUCCUCCGCUGACGACGUGUAUCCAUCAUCACCUCUGCAGGUGAAUCUUCUGAACGGACGAGGUCCGUCGUGUUGUCUCGACCGGACACAGAGUGAGAAGCGGGUUCUGUUCCUGGUGUGUGUCGUGUCUCUGGGCCUGUUCAUAUCUCUCAUCACCACCGGGGUCUUCUACAAACAGACUCACCCUGGCUUGUGUCUGACGGAGCCAUGCAUCACUGUGGCCAGUGCCGUGAUAGGAGCCCUGGACCGAUCCGUUGACCCCUGCCAUGACUUCUACAACUUUGCCUGUGGGGGGUGGGUGAAGAACAACCCCCUCCCCGAGGGCAAGUCCCGCUGGGGACCUUUCAGCAACCUCUGGGAGCACAACAUGCUCGUAAUGAAGCAUUUGUUAGUCAACACGACGAUGAAAGGUCUGAGUCAGGCCGAGGAGAAGGCCCAGCGAUAUUAUCAUGCCUGCAUGAAUGAGGCAAAGAUCGAGGAUUUGGGAGCCAAACCACUACAGGAGCUGAUCAUCCAGAUCGGGGGAUGGGCCCUGACCGGACCCUGGGACAAGGACAACUUCCAGGAAGUUCUGCGAAUGGUGUCGGCCAAUUAUCGCACCUCACCCUUCUUCACUGUGUUUGUCAGCACUGACUCCAAAAACUCCAACAGUAACAUCAUCCAGGUGGAUCAGUCCAGUCUGGGAUUACCGUCACGGGAUUACUACCUCAACAAAACGGCAAAUGAAAAGUAUCUGACGGCGUACCUGGACUUCCUGAUGGAGCUGGGGGUUCUUCUUGGCGGCUCCACGGAGACAUCCCGUACACUGAUGGAAGAGAUCGUGGACUUUGAAACCACUCUGGCCAACAUCACAGUUCCUCAGGAGGAGAGACGCGACGAAGAGCUCAUCUACCAUAAGAUGGAGGCCAAGGACCUGAUGACUCUGGCUCCUGCAGUCGACUGGAUGUCGUACCUCACAGAAGUGUUUUCUCCAGUGCCGCUCAACGACUCGGAGCCAGUGGUGGUUUAUGCCAAAGACUAUCUCCAGAAAGUGUCUGAGCUCAUAACGAAAACCAAUAAAAGCCUGCUCAACAACUACAUGAUAAUGAAGGUGGUGAGGAAGAUGGUUUCCAUUUUGGACCAAAGGUUCCAGGACGCUGAGCAGCGCUUCCUCGAGGUCAUGUAUGGAACCAAGAAGAGCUGCACUCCUCGAUGGAAGCUGUGCGUCAGCGACACCGACAGCGCCCUGGGCUUUGCUCUUGGAGCUAUGUUUGUUAAAGACACCUUUCCUGAGGACAGCAAGGCCAUUGCUGAAAGUAUGGUCGCUGAAAUUAAAUGGGCGUUUGAGGACGGUCUGAAAUCUGUGGGCUGGAUGGACUCGGAAACAAAGAGAGCAGCAAAAGAAAAGGCAGAUGCGAUAUACAACAUGGUGGGAUAUCCAGACUUCAUCAUGAACGGCACCAAGCUGGACAAAGUGUUCAAUGACUUCGAGGUGGUGUCCGAAUUCUACUUCCAGAACGUCAUGCAGUACUACAACUUCUCAGCCAGAGUGACGGCCGACCAGCUGAGGAAAACUCCCAACAGAAACCAGUGGAGCAUGACGCCGCCGACUGUCAAUGCUUAUUACAACCCGACCAAGAACGAGAUGGUUCUGCCGGCUGGAAUCCUCCAGGCUCCGUUCUACAGUCGAUCGUGGCCCAAAGCUCUGAACUUUGGUGGAAUCGGUGUCGUCAUGGGACACGAGCUGACGCAUGCGUUUGAUGACCAGGGGAGGGAAUAUGACAAGGAUGGAAACCUGCGUCCCUGGUGGAAGAACUCGUCGGUUGAGGCCUUCAAGAAGCAGACACAGUGCAUGGUGGAGCAGUACGGAAACUACAGCAUCAACCAGGAGCCUCUGAACGGACGACACACGCUGGGAGAGAACAUCGCCGACAACGGUGGACUCAAAGCCGCCUACAAGGCGUAUGUGAACUGGAUCAAGAAGAACGGCGAGGAGGCCACGCUGCCGGCCCUGGGGAUGACCAACCAUCAGCUGUUCUUUGUUGGAUUUGCACAGGUGUGGUGCGCCGUCAGGACGCCAGAGAGCUCACACGAAGGCGUGAUCACAGAUCCACACAGUCCAUCAAGAUUCAGAGUCAUCGGCACCAUCUCCAACUCACAGGAGUUCUCAGAGCACUUUGGCUGCAAAUCUGAUGCUCCCAUGAACCCACAACACAAGUGUGAGCUGUGGUGAUGUUUAUCAUCGAGGAGUGAAAUGGACAUUGUUGGGAUAUUUAGCGAGACACUGGCAACGUCUCUCUGGACGGAGAACGAGAGAACCACUGACGCACUGUCGUCCGCUCUGGAUGAAGGAUUUCAACCUUCAAUGCUUUUCCACGAGGACUCUGAAUGUGAUGUGGAUACGUCUGUGCCCGUAGAACACUGGAAACCCACUCACAGGGAACCACUGUCAAGCUGCUUCACUGUGUUUCCAUCUGCAACACUUCAAGCUCAUUGUAUUUUAUUAAUGGCCAUGAUUUUUUCUUUUUAUGACAGUGAAGACUUUUUAACUUGGUGGAAGAUGAAACUGGUUCACAUGUGUACAGUUUUAAAGCAGUUUAUUAAGAACAGGUAUAAAUAUGAAUAUUGAAUCAUUGAAGUGUUCCAGACACAUUUUGCUGUCAAAUGUUGUCAAAUCUUAAAGAGAUGUUGGCAAAGCCAUGAAUGUUUUAAUGAGCGAGACUUUAUUUUGUAUAAUAAAAGGGCCCAUAUUGUCAAAA